AUGUCUUUCCUUUUGGGUGCAAAACGCGCACGAGAGGAGUUAUCUGCGUGCGAAAGAUCAGUGGCUUAUCGCGUUGCCGCUCCGCUGCGGUGCAGAUUGUCAUGUUUAGCGGAGGGAGAAGUGGUGAAGGGAGCUGCUUUUCUUUCGGUAGGUGGACAUUCCUUGUGUUCCAGGCUAGACAAAGGGUCAUCCCCAUUCUCAUCUGCCUCUGUUCGGUCAAGGCACUCCGUCCUUAAUCACGCGGAGAGCCGUUUGGUUGCUCACAGACACGGCUUCUGUCGGCAGCCGACAGUUAGCGACUGUUCAGGGGGGGACAGAACGCCUUCAUUUUCGCCUCGCCAGGUUCAAAUGGAUGUCACGAGGGGCGACACAGGUAGGCAUUAUCGUUUUACCUUCUUUAUGCCGGCCCCGGAUCCUUUUUGCGGUGGUGAGAAAGACAAGGCGACGGGCGCAGUAAAAUACCGCAAUGCCGUUGUACGUGAAUUACUGAACCAAGUAAGUCUGGAGGCAGCACUGACAGCUGAUCGUGAAUGGGAUGUUGUUUUCCAUGGAAAAAAUGUCUUAUUUGAAUCCGGAGCGGAGUCGCUUAUGUCGGCGUUGCUUUCAGAUUCCUGUCAGCGGAUUCCCCUUGCCCUGUUUUACGGACUGGAAACGGAAUGA